UCUGGAGAGCAGUGAGGAGUACGAACUGUCCAGCCUCGACCAGCUGGAGAUGGAGCUGGAGAAGCAGCAGCAGCCCGUGCAGCGUCGCGCGGGCCCGGACGCCGGCUGGUCUCCGUGGUCGGCGUGGUCGCCCUGCUCCAGGACAUGCGACGGCGGCGCGUCCUUCCAGCUGCGACGCUGCGAGACAGCCGCCGGCUGCCGGGGCGAACCCGUCCGCUACAAGAUCUGCAACAUGCAGCCGUGUCCGGAGGCGGGUGACUUCCGAGACGAGCAGUGCGCGGCGCUGAGCGGAGAUCCGUGGGAGGGCGAGCUGCUGCGCUGGUCGGCGCACGAGGACGAGGCAGCCCCGUGCGCGCUCACCUGCCGCGCCACGCGCCCUGACGGUUCGCUCGUCGUAGCUCGCCUGGCCGACCGCGUCAGGGACGGCACUCGCUGCCGCCCCGGCUCCCUAGACAUGUGCAUCAGCGGCCAGUGCCAGCGCGUGGGCUGCGACCUGCGCAUCGGGUCGUCCAAGCGAGUGGACGCGUGCGGCGUGUGCGGGGGAGACAGCUCGUCUUGCGCGCAGCCGCUGUUCCACUGGGAGCACGCCCCCGCGUCGCUCUGCUCCGCCCCCUGCGGCGGCGGGCGCAAGAUGUCCCGGACGGUGUGUCGCAACCGGGUGACGGGCGCCGAGGCGGAUGAGCAGCUGUGCAACGCGUCGCAGCGGCCGCCCCGCCUCCUGCUGCCCUGCAACACCCAUCGCUGCCCCGCCAAGUGGGUGCCCGAUCCUUGGGGACCGUGUUCUGUCAGCUGCGGGGGCGGACACACCCACAGGAUUGUUCGCUGCCUGCAGGACAUCAACGGGACCACCAUACAGGUUCCCGAUUCACAGUGUCCAGUUCUGAGACCUCACCACAGCCAACCAUGUAACAGUGAGGAGUGCCCCAUCUGGAACUCUGGACCAUGGUCUGAGUGCUCUCUAACAUGUGGUGUGGGUGUUCAGACCAGAGCUGUGUGGUGUGCUGAAGGUACUGAGCCAAGUGCCCUUUGUGACCCUACAGCACGUCCACCUCCCAAACAGACAUGUCUAACGGGAGUCAUUUGCCCUGGACCAGAGUACCAGACAGGAAAAGAAGAAGAUAAAAUGCCUGGAGGAGAUAACAGGCACUCAUUGAUACAGACUUAUGGUCCUUCAAGAGUACCUUCAGAAAAUGAAGAAAAUGCAAAGCAGCCUUCUAUGGAUUCUGAUGGCACUCAAAGUUACCAGGCCGUCCAUGAGGAACCCUCAUUUGAUAUGAAAAUAGCAAGAACUUCUCCUGGGCCAUACAUAUGGAAGUCAAUGGGCUACAAGCCAUGCAGUGCUUCUUGCUUGGGAGGUAUGCAAGAGUCAUUUAUAAUAUGUGUUCAUGAAAGCACACAGAAAACUGUGAACCCAUAUUUCUGUGAUAAAGAAAGCAGGCCAGAAACAUUAUAUCGAACAUGUAAUGAAUUUCCAUGUCCUCCUCGAUGGAAUUAUUCUGAGUAUCAAGCUUGUUCUAAGCCUUGUGGCAUUGGUAUAAGAACAAGAGAAGUAACAUGCAUCCAUGAGGUAACAAGAGGAGGAAGUAAUACAAUCAUUGUGCCAAAUAGCAUGUGUCCUCAACCACCUCCUCCUAACAGACAGUAUUGCAACAUUGUGGACUGUCCUGUGAAGUGGCACACUGGUACCUGGUCUAAGUGCUCAGCCACAUGUGGAGGAGGGACAAAGACGAGAUCUGUUGAGUGCAAGCAGACAAUGGCACAAAAUAAUAUCAUACCUCGGCAUACUACAAAAUGCACGGGCCCCAAACCGCCUGAGAAAAAGGCAUGUAAUAAGAAACCAUGUUCAGUAGAGAGUAUUCAGCCACAGAUACAUCUUGAAAACAAGACAUACGUCCAGGAAAAUGCCAAUGAAAAGAAAGUGAAUCUUAAAAUUGGUGGCCAAGCUAUAGUAUUUGCAGGAAGUCAGGUGAAGAUCAGAUGUCCUGUGAGGAAGUUUAACAGGACUAAAAUACAGUGGGAAAAGAACAGCACACAGAUAACAACCUCUAGGAAAUAUAAGGUUACUAAACAAGGAGCACUGAAAAUACAUGACAUAAUGUUCACUGACAGUGGAAAGUACACCUGUAUUGCUGGUCAGUCAAAAGCUGAUCUAUACCUUUCAGUGAAGCUUCCUUUGACAAGAACAAGUUCUGAAGAAGUUGAGAAUGCCAACAAAGUAUUGCCUGGAAGAUCACGCUCAGAAGACAGAAGACUCAAGGCUGGAGGUCCCAGACAUGCUGUAAUAUUCCCAGGAGAUGAUCGAAGCCAUGAAACACAGCCAGAGGAGAAACAAGGAAGAAAAAUGACAGUUCGACCAACCACUACAGUGGCAACAUCUCCACCAUCACCUAAUCAUGAGGAGGAGGUAAAUGUGAAAAAUGUGGACAACUGGCAACUGUUCAACAAUAUUCAAAUGUCAGACCAAAAGCAGGAAGAAUUUAGAGCAACUACUCUGUUGCGUGGUGGUGACUCAGUAACACUAUCCGCUGUUUCUUCUACUCAAAUGCCAGACACUUUUGAGGGAACAGUUCCUCAUUUAAGUUCCGGAAGUGCACGUCCUAUGCCGCACUUCCAGCAUCUACUUUCUAAUUUACAGACCUUCAGCAACUCAAGAGGACAUCGCACUGUCAGUGAUUCAAUACCCAUUGUGAAAUAUGGCAAACCAGAUGAAGACAUGUACGAAGAUGAAUUUGGUCCAGCAGUUGUCUUAGGAAGAGGAAGUGCUGAAAACCUUAAGUUUGACUGGAUGAUAACUGAGUGGUCCAAAUGUUCACAGACUUGUGGAGGUGGUGGUUUUCAGACAAGAACUGCACAUUGUAUGGUGCGACUUAAUAACAACACUCAGAAUGUGCAAGGCAAUCUCUGUGAAGAUGCUGGUCUACCAACACCUCCUCUCACUCAGCAAUGUGGACUUGAAGAAUGUCCACAGUGGAUCACCAGCAGCUGGUCUUCUUGUGAGGAUUCACGGUGUUUUACAUGGAAUAAGGCGAUGCAACGCAGGGAGGUAGCAUGCUUACUAAGCAAUGGUACAGAAGUUGAAGGUCUCUGCAGUGAAGCUGAGAAACCCACUCAACGACGAGAAUGUCACAAUGAAAAGUGUAAAGGAACUUGGAGGGUAGGUGAAUGGUCUGAGUGCACGGCAACCUGUGAGAUGCAGGGUAUCAAGUAUCGUAUACUCCAAUGUGUCUGGUAUGGGACAAAGAAGCCUGCAGGCAAUGCCUGUCGUGGCCAGCCACGCCCUUCUGUCAUGAAGAUGUGCAAAGGACCACCUUGUACUCAAAUGUCGAGGUGCAAAGAUCAAUCAAAGUACUGCCAAAUCGUGAAAACAAUGAAAGCUUGUGGGAUACACCAAUACUGGAACCAGUGUUGUCACUCAUGUCGGAAAAAAACCUAGUUUGGUGACUGUAUACCUCUAGCAUCAUUUAUUGAUGAAUUGUGUGAAUUAUUGCCUCAGUGUGGACUGAGACACUGUGUGGUAAUAGAGUCAAAGAGUUUCAGAGACAACUAUAUAUUAAUAUGUCAGAAAUGACAUAUUAUUGACCCUCACAUAUUUUUGGUGACAUGGUACUAAGUACCAUAGUGAAAUGUUUCACGCAAAACCCUAAGUGGGGGUGAAAACUUUGAGUACUAUUUUCUUGAAGACUGAAAAUAUUAAAAAUAACUAUGUCCUGCCAUUUUCAUAUUUGUUCACAUUAUCAAACUAGAAAGACUUCCAUUGGAUACUUACAAAUUCUAUCUAAAAUUAUGAGAUUAUUUACUUUAAGACAUUUAUAAUUCAGUUUUCCAAGUUGUUUGGUCCUGUUAUUAGUGAAGA